GUGCCGGGAUGCCCGCGAGGUGGCGACGUGACCGGCGUUCGAGUUGGUCAUCCCCGUUCGCGUCCCCGACCUCCCUCCCCGUCUGCAUUUGCCAUGGCGGCCCCUGGCCAGGAUGCCAAGUUCUUCCAGCGCGGAAAGAUUGAGGAGUUCCGCACCGAGCUGCAUGCCGCGGAGGCGAAGGACAAGAAGUUCCAGAAGCGGCGGACGGUGCUCAAGAAGAUCGUCGCGAACAUAACGAUGGGGAAUGACAUGUCUCCGCUCUUCACCGACGUCGUGCAAUGUCUGGGGACACCUUUGCUGGAGAUCAAGAAGAUGGUCUACCUCUUCCUCGUCAGCUAUGGCCGGUCAAAGCCAGACCAAAUCCAUCUGGUUAUCCCGAACUUCCUUCAGGACUGCAAUGACCGUAACCCCCUCAUCCGCGCUCUCGCCAUCCGCACCAUGUCCUACAUCCCCCUCCCUGUCGUGAUCGACGCCCUCACCGAGAACCUCCGCCACUGCCUCAAAGACCGCGACCCCUACGUGCGCAAGACGGCCGCCAUCUGCGUCGCGAAGCUCUACGCCUGUGACCCGCGCAAGGCGGAGAAGGGCGGCUUUGUCGAGAUGCUGCGCGACCUCAUGCUCGACCCGAACGCGACCGUCGUGUCCAACGCGGUCGCCGCGCUAACGGAGAUUGGGGACAGGCAGGAUGGGGUGAUCUUCAAGCUUAAUUUGGCGACGGUGCAUAAGUUGUUGGCGGCGAUGCCAGAGUGCUCAGAGUGGGGGCAGGUCUACAUCCUGGACUCAUUCCUCCGGUUUGUGCCCGAGCGACAUGCGGACGCAGAAGAUAUCGCAGAACGCAUCAUCAGCCAGCUCUCGCAUGCCAACUCCGCCGUCGUCCUCACCACCAUCAAGAUCCUACUCUAUCUCAUGAACUACAUGGACAACAGAAAACUAAUGGAGCAAAUAUGCAAGAAGAUGGGUCCGCCACUCGUUGCCUUGUUAUCGUCGGGACCUGAAGUACAAUACGUCGCCCUUCGGAAUAUCCUACUCAUCAUCCAACGACGACCAGCCGUAUUGAAGAACGACGUCAAAGUCUUCUUCUGCAAGUACAACGACCCCGUGUACGUCAAGCUCGCCAAACUCGAGAUCAUGUACCGCCUGGCUCGAGAAGAGAACGCGCGCGAGGUGCUCGCCGAGCUUCAAGAAUAUGCCUCCGAAGUCGACAUCGACUUCACCCGCAAAGCCGUCCGCUCCAUCGGUCGCCUCGCUAUCAAAGUCGAAGCCGCCGCAGACAGCUGCAUCGCCGCCCUCCUCGAGCUCCUCGACGCCAAGGUCAGCUACGUCGUGCAAGAAGCGAUCAUCGUCAUCAAGGACAUCUUCCGGCGCUACCCGGGCAAGUACGAGGGGAUCAUACCCAAGUUGUGCGAGAACCUGGAUCUGCUGGAGGAGCCGGAGAGCAAGGCGGCGAUGGUGUGGAUAUUGGGGCAGUAUGCGAAUUUGAUUGAUAAUGCGGAUGAGCUGUUGGACGAUUUGACGUAUACGUUCUUGGAGGAAAGUGUGGAGGUCCAACUCGCGCUGUUGACGGCGGUCGUCAAGCUCUUUGUGUAUAAAUCGACGUCGGACGGGGCCAAGCAGCUCGUGCACAAGGUCUUGAAGUGGGCGACGGAGGAGGUUGACAAUCCGGACUUGCGCGAUCGCGGGUUCAUGUACUGGCGGCUGCUCGCCAUCAACCCCGCCGUCGCGCGCGAGAUCGUCCUCGCCGACAAGCCCCCCAUCACGACGGAUGCGGAUCGCAUGGACCGGGGCGCGCUAGACCAGCUGCUCUUGCAUACGGGUACAUUGGGGAGUAUAUACCAUAAGAACCCUGAGACUUUCAUCCGCAACGCCGCCGGGAAGCAGCUCAUCGACAGCCCCGCGCUCAAUCCGCACUCCCGCGCCGUGCUCGUACCCGUCAUGCGCAAAGCCCUCCCGCUCGCGAUGGUCAAUGUCGCCGGUCCGGGCCCCAUCGAGCCAGGGACACAGCCCGCCGCGCAGGAGGGCACUCUCGUCGACCCUACCGACGGCGGGCCACAAUCGACCCUCUCACCAUCGUCCACCUUGUCGCCCUCCAACACGCUCUCUCCCUCCAACACCCUUCCAUCGACCACCAUGCUCUCUCCUAACGCCAACAAGCCCGCACCACCUACGCCGCGCGCGUCGAUGGACUCGCAGGGAGGGCAACUAGAUGACGACGAUGAGGAUGAAGAUACGGGUAGACCCGCGGCGGCGGUGACGGUGAACGACAACGACCCGUACUCGAACCUGGACAGCGCGUUCGGGACGUAUAUGGUGGACCAGCCGAGGCCGGUUGGGCAGCCGGGGCGGGGGCAGACGGUAGAUGAUCUAUUGAUUUAGGGUGUGGGGAGGGUGUAGGAGGACUGAGGAGGAGCAGGAUAGGGAGGAGGAGGAGGAGGAUGGCGGGAAAUGUAGUAAGGAUGAGUGCUAGGCGAUGAUAUGUUAUAAUCUCGAUCCCUAAUCUUUCCUCGACUUGAAGUCUUGUUCAGUGCAUACGACAUCACCAUGCG